UGAUUUCUGUCUGUGGUUGCCAAAGUUUUUAGGUUAUAUUUUGAUGCCAAAUAAAAAGUUUACUACGCCUUUAAACGUUUCUUAAAUCAAUAUUCUUGUUGAAAAAACUAUUCUUGGUUGUAUUGACCUUUUUUUGUAUUGUAUUGCAAAACUUGGACAAUUUUUCCCUGUAGUUGUACCUACAUUACUUGUUUACAGAAGAAAAGUCUUUUACAAAGACAUAAGAUUACACAACACUAGUCUAGAGUAUUAGUUGGUCUACAGGGUAAUUCAAAAUGGCUACAGAAGUUCCUUUCAACAAGCAGCUUAGGAAAGCUACAAGAGAUGUUCAUGCUAUGAGUGAUGCACUUGUUAAUGCGAAGCUGGCUUUUGCCAUGUCGGACAAUUCCGUUUGGGCCGAAGGCCUGCUGGUGUUCUACGAGAUUUUCCGCUACCUCGAGUUGGCCAUGCAUCGACUGCGCGACACGCCAGUUGGCGAACUGCACAUAGAAGGCAUGGCCCGCUCAGAGGCCUUUGAGCGCGACCUUGACUUCUAUCUGGGCGCAAACUGGCGCCAAAACUACAAACCGCGAGACAGUGUUGCCAACUAUCUGGCGCAUCUGCAGCGCAUCGAAAGGGAAGACCCGAUCAGACUAUGCGCCUACGUCUACCAUCUUUAUAUGGGUCUGUUUUCUGGCGGACAAAUUCUCCGUAAAAAGAGGAAUGUCACCAAAAAAUUCCGAUCUUUCGCGUAUUUCCUGUAUUCUAACGAUGUGACCACAGAGGCAAAACGGAAAGGUGGAGAUGCCGUCACAGAUUUUGGGGAUAAUUCGGUCUAUGAACUGAAACUUAAACUAGUCAAAUCUAUGAACUCCAUCGCUGCAAACAUGGAUGAGAAAACUAGGAUGGCUCUAAUCGAGGAAAGUAAAACUGUUUUUCUUUUGAACAAUUCACUGGUGAAAACUGUGAGGGGUGCCGAUGAAGUUCUUUUGAGAAGACUGAUUGUUUUCGCUAUCGUUGUAGUAAUACUCAUGAUAUUGUUCUUCGUUUUCAUUGCCAAAGAGUAGAACUGAUCUGAAAAUCGUAUUUAUAUUUUUAUAAUUAAUUGAAUGAAAAAGACUAAGAAAUUGUCAAAAACCACAGAUUUAUUGAUACUUGGAAAGACCGGUUUCGGUUGUUACACCAUUGUCAAUCUCUGAUAAAUUGA